AUGACUGAUAUUUCUAUAAUCAUACCAGUACAUAAUGGCGAAGAGUGGAUAGAUAGUUGUAUGAAUUCUAUAGCAAAACAAACGAUAUUGAAAACAGCUGAUGUAAAGAUUGAAAUUGCUGUUUAUAAUGAUGGCAGUUCAGAUAAUACUCCAGAACUGUUACAAAAAUGGAAGGAAUGGUUUAAGAGGCAAGGAGUUGGUUUCGUUACAUUGAGUAGCAAAACUUCAAAAGGUGUAGGUGCUGCAAAAAAUGGUGCCAUAAAAAUAAGCACUGGCAAAUAUUUAUGUUUUCAAGAUAUAGAUGAUAUAAUGCUAUCUGAGAGAAUAGAGCUACAGUGGAAUGCUGCAACAUCAAGACCAAAUGCAAUUAUUGGCAGUAAAAUAUUCAGAGUACCUAAAGACUCAACUCCACGUUAUGUUCAGUGGGCUAAUAAUCUUAACAGCCAGCAGCUCAGGAAUCAAAUAUACACAUCCAAUGGACCUACUUUGCUAAUGCCUACAUGGUUCUGCCAUAGAAGUGUAUAUGACAAGGUUGGUGGGUUUGUGGAAACUGGCCGUGGAACACCAGAAGAUCUGAUAUUUUUCUAUGCUCAUUUGGACACUGGAGGAGACCUGUAUAGAGUAGAAAAGGAACUGGUAGUGUAUGCCUACCAUGAAAACGCAGCUACAUUUUCUGUCAAAAGAGAAAAUAUUUGGCAAGUCCAACUAGAAAGAUUACAAAAACAUAUCUUUCCUAAUUGGAAUCAUUUUACAGUUUGGAAUGCAGGAAAAGCUGGCAGAAGAUUAGUUCGAGCCUUGAAUUCAGAAAACUUAAACAAAGUUGUGGCAUUUUGUGAUGUUGACAAGAACAAAAUAGGGCAAUAUGUGGAACUAUACUGCCCUAUUGAAAGAAAAGUAUUGGCUAAAUUGCCAGUAAUUCAUUUUGCAGAUGCAAAGCCUCCUUUACUUAUAUGCUUUAAAUUAGACAUGACAAAUGGUGAAUUUGAAAAGAAUCUCCAAUCAUUAAAUCUCAUUGAAGGAAUUGAUUAUGUUUUAUUCAGUUAA